AUGACCGAGCCAUCAACACCUGUGGCACUGGAGAGGGCGGUCGCCGAGCAAUACAACCCGUGCUCCCGUCCACCCCAGUGCCACCCUUUCCUCGGCCGCAACUCUGGCGGCCGAAGCGAGGGGUCCGCCUUCCUCUCCUUCCCGGGUCCGGCCAGCCCAAAGAGAAGGCCGCCAACUGCAGUCCUCCUCACAAAGGCGGGCCGGCCCCCGCUCUUUUCCGGGGAGAUGUAUCCCCUCGCCUUGCGAAAGGCCUCCGCAUACGAAAGGCCCCCCGGCUCGAAGCGAACCGCUACCGCCACCGUCGCUGGCAGCACCCUUUUAGGCGCCACCGGUCACCCUGGGCCCGGCUCCUCUCUACCGCCCUGCUUGGGGCCCCUCCUCUUUCUGCCGGCCUCUCCGCCACAACCCAACCCUGGUUUUCCGGAGGAGCCGCAGCAGGCGAUAAGGCCACAGCAGGCCUACUCCUUGCCGGCGGCGCUCCGGCCGCCGGUGUCCCUCCGCCCCGACCGAGGUCUACUGCCGACACCGGGGACGUCGUCCGAUCCACCGUACCGGGUCGCACCCCCGCAAAUGCAGACACGGCCCGAUCCGUCCGCUCCGACCUCCCUCCGUUGUCCGAAGGAUACCUCCCGGACCGGGGGUAAUAGUCACCCCGGUCGCGAUCCGUCCUUUCACAGCGGCGGGGUGCGACCCAACACCGGGCCGCCUCUCUCCCGGGUCGCUUUACUGGAGGAGUACGCCCUCGCACACCCCUCCAGCGACCCGUAG